AUUUCUGUAUAUAUACAUCAUCCUUGAUUCUCUCUCGCAUCAUUCCCUCACAAGAUGCCUUCUUAUCCCAGCCUCCAUUUCCCCUUCUCAAGUUGGUUUGGUAAAUCGGUUCAACCAAACAAAGGAAGCCACAAUUAUGGUGAGAACCCUACAACCGAGUGUUAUGCUUGUACACAAGUUGGGGUUCCGGUUUUCCACUCCACUAGUUGCGACAACGCAAACCAGCCCGACUGGGAGGCUUCUGCCGGUUCAUCGCUGAUCCCCAUCAAGUACAAGCCCGGUUCCUCCGUGGGUGUCAUGGCUCGAAACGGCCACAGGUCAGGGCCGUUCGGGCGAGUAUUGGACCCACGUAGGAAGAGGGUGCAGAGGUGGAACCGCGUGUUCUUGUUGGCACGCGGCGUGGCCUUGGCCAUCGAUCCCCUCUUCGUCUACGCCUUAUCCAUCGGUCGUGAGGGCUCACCCGACAUGCACAUGGAUAGUGUCUUGGUUGCAAUUGUCACGGCCCUCCGAACAUGCGUCGACGCCGUGCACAUUUGCCACAUGUGGCGGCAGUUCCGGCUGGCUUAUGUGUCUAGGGAGUCGCUGGUGAUCGGUAGCGGGAAACUCGUUUGGGAUGCACGUGCUAUUGCCUCCCACUACGUCCGAUCAUCGAAUGGCUUCUGGUUCGACGCUUUCGUGAUCCUCCCUAUUCCUCAGGUGUUGUUUUGGUUGGUGAUACCCGAAUUGGUACGAGAUGAGCAGGUGAAGCUCAUAAUGACAAUUCUUUUACUCAUUUUUUUGUUCAAUUUCCUUCCAAGAGUCUAUCAUAGCAUAUCCUUAAUGAGAAGAAUGGAAGAGAUCACUGGCUACAUCUUUGGCACCAUUUGGUGGGGGUUUGGCAUCAAUAUCAUAGCCUACUUCAUUGCUUCUCAUGUAGUAGGGGGGUGUUGGUAUGUACUUGCAAUUCAACGGGUCUCUUCAUGUGUAAGGAAACAAUGUCAUCUACAAAGCCCAUGUCAUCUCCCACUAUCUUGCUUAGAUGUGAAUGGACCAUUUAGUUAUGGUAUAUAUGAAUGGGCUCUACCUGUAGUCUCUAGUCAAUCUGUUGCUGUCAAGAUUCUGUAUCCCAUCUUCUGGGGACUCAUUAGUCUCAGCACAUUUGGGAAUAUAUUGGAACCAACAAGCAAUUGGUUGGAGGUUGUUUUUAGCAUUUGUAUUGUGAUUUGGGGUUUAAUGUUGUUCACCCUAUUGGUUGGACACAUUCAGGUAUUUUUACAUUUAGUGAUGGCGAGGAAGAGGAAAAUGCAAUUGAGGGGUAGAGAUCUAGAAUGGUGGAUGAAGAGAAGACAACUUCCCUUGAAAUUGAGGCAAAGAGUGCACCAUUUUGAACGCCAAAGAUGGGUGACUAUGGGCGGAGAAGAUGAGAUUGAAGCGAUUAAAGACCUGCCUGAAGGUAUUCGUCGUGACAUCAAACGAUUUUUGUGCCUUGAUCUCAUAAAGAAGGUUCCUCUAUUUAGCAGUUUGGAUGAUCUCAUUCUUGACAACAUAUGCGACCGCAUUAAGCCUCUAAUCUUCUCCAAAGAUGAGAAUAUAAUAAGAGAAGGAGAUCUAGUGCAACAGAUGGUGUUUAUUGUCCGAGGUCAUGUAAAAAGCAGCCAAAAUCUAAGUAAAGGUAUGAUAGCGACAAGUACUCUUGAACAAGGAGGUUUCUUAGGUGAUGAGCUUUUAUCAUGGUGUCUUCGACGUCCCUUCAUUGAUAGGCUACCAGUGUCUGUAGCCACAUUUACUUGUAUUAAGCCGGUUGAAGCAUUCGGCCUAGAUGCCAGCCAUAUCCGCUUCAUCACCGAACACUUUCGAUAUCAAUUUUCAAACGAGAGGCUUAAGAGAACAACAAGGUAUUAUUCUACCAACUGGAGGACUUGGGCUGCCGUUAAUGUGCAGUUGGCAUGGCGUAGCUAUAAAAUGAGGAAAAGAGGACAAGUAGCAAAUAAUGUGAUACAUAUUGGAGACAACAUUGAUAUGCGCCUUCGUCGGUAUGCCACAAUGUUCUUAUCAAUUAGACCACGAGACCACCUUGAGUAGUAGUCAUUUAUAUUGCAUACAUGUGUACCUUAUUGCAUAUGAGUAUUGCCUGUAUGUUUCAUAUUUAUCACUUUAGCUUCUCCAAGACUAGUUUUGAGUCAUUACAUAUUGUUUCAUUCCAAUAAAUGUAUAGGGAGAAAUGAAAUUAAAACAUUUUUUGCAAUAUUCCAAUAUAGUAUUAUUGUAAGUAAAUCUUAGUAAAAUGCACUCUUUUGAUUAUUGUCAUCUAAGUUUCACUAUCUUUAAAUGUAUUAUGUA